CUGGGGCAUCUGAUGAGGAAAAGGGUGAUGGUUUGUGUGUGAGUGGGCAAGAGGGCAUCUACAUCGAAGAUAGGUGACUUUAUACAUUUCCCAAAUGCAGAUUCUCACUCCUCUCUUUACAGCCAAGCAUCUUGGUGUGGCCAGAGUCCCGACUUUCUAGUUCCGCUGGGCCUUGAGAAAAAUACCAGAUGUUUGAUCUGCUGGAUCUUACAUCAUAAUAUUUCGGAACAACAGGUCCGAUUGAUGCCAGGAAUCCGUCUUGGGAAUCUGAAUUUCAGGCACGGCAUGCUGAUCUUGUGUGUGCCUGGUUGUGUUCUGCGUGUUACUUUAGGAUAAAGGUGGAGGAUUUGUGCUCUUAGCAGCUACCUUCCCCUCCUGGACAGCAGAAAAUCACACCAAUUAAUCCUACAAUCGGGAUCCAAGCUGCAAAAUUUUCCAAAGCCUCCAUUAAGCUUUCAUCCAGACUCUUCAAGAUCCAACCCCCCCCCCAUCCCACCCCAAACCUUUUUUCUUAAGAUCCAAAAUGGAAAAGAGCUCCGGUUUGGAGAUGAACAGUCCUCCUCAGCCUGAUCAGAGCCUCCCAGGAAGUUUCGCCCCCAGAAUCUCCGAAACCAUGGCCGAGCUGCUUGUCAACACCGUGGCUGGUACUGCCCAAAUGGUCCAGGUCUCUGUGGAAGCCCAGAAAUCUGCCCAGGCGGAGAUUUUUGCCAUUUCUGCUAAAUUAGACACCUUAAGUAUCCAUUCUUCCAAGCUAGCUUGUUUCCAUGCAGAGCACGCACUGACCCAAGCCCGUCUGAGCUACAUGGCAGCAAGGGGACUGGCUGAGCGACUUUUAGGAUUCUUGAGCCCGCCUGACUUCCAGGGACUCUUCCAGAUACUCUCUCAGCCCCCCAUGCCAUAUUCUGAGUUUUGCACUAUCAUCCGACGGACAGAAAAUGCCCUCCUACACCCCGUUCUCAAAUGCAAGCCGGGAUUCCAAGUGCGACGGGAACCCAGCCCAGGUUCUGAAUGCAACUGGCCACCGGACAUUGCAGAUGAUGGUCUUCAGAGAGCAUUUCCUGGUCUCCAGUUCUUUAAACCCUGUUGUGUCAGCAAAAUGAAUGACGACAAUGGGACAGAUGAAGAAGAGAAUCAAUCAGUGGAGAUUCGAGACCAAAAUCCCUCACACCACAAAAAAAUUGAGUCUGGCAAGUUUCUGACCAAAGUGACUCUUUGCAAUGCUGCCCUGCAGCAGGAGAAUUUCGACAGUGACACCAUCAACAACCAGCCAGAGACCACAGCUAAGGAUAUUGGAUAAGCUGACUGUGCCCAGCUGCAUGUUCUGGAUACAAUCUGAAAUUAUCAGCUUGAAGUCCACUUCCUUCCUCCCUACAAAACCUGAAAGCAAAGAAAGGGACACCACUUUCGGUUAUUAGUGGUCCAGCAUUAUUGCAACAGAGGUUGAGCUGGACAAAAAUGUUAUAAGUCAUUUGCAUUUCUUCUCAAGAGCCAUUCUAGGUCAAUGUUGACCCAAUCUAAGAAGAGAUAUGAAGAAUCUCCCAAGGUUGUCACCUC